GCUCCGCCGUCUCCGCAGUGAGGUCACGGGUGGGCGGUGCGUGCGCGGCUUCUGCUCCACUGUUGGGGUGUCGGAGACCCCACGAUGCAGGGUUAUAUAAAAGGAUUGACAGAGAUUUGUAUUACUAGCCCCAAAAAUGAAUCUUGCCGAUGGCCUGGAUCUUAUUUUCAUUGCCAAUAAUUUGGGGUAGGAAAACUGAUACAUGCUAGGGUAAUUUUUACUGAUGCUGACACUAUAGGGAUGUUUAGUUUCCACCAGCAACCGUCGAUCAGCCUUUAAUUUGUGGAUUUAUCACUGAAUUACUAUAAUAAAUUUCUCCACCACUGGAGGUGUGAUUUAAACUUGGCUGCACAAUAAAUAAAUAAAGCGACUAAGCUCUGUGCUCGAUCCUGUGAGUUGAAAGGGAUGUGCUGCAUAAGUAUACACACAACUGAAAUUAACUUUUGGAAGAUUUGCAUUAACACCAGCACUGCUCAGUGAGAACAAGUGAUAAUUUUUGUAUUUUAAUACUUAAAUGCAAGCAUAUAUGAAAAGCCAAUAUGUUUUUUAAAAGAAAAACUUGAUCAAAACCAGACUUUUUUUGCACCAAACCCCAAUUUUUCUACUAGAUUAAUUCAUUAGAAUGAUUUAUAAAUAAUGGUGUAGGGGUAUGAAAUUAUACCCUUUUGUAUGUACAUUGUGCUGUCCAUUUAAUCCAUUUAAUAAAAGAGAACUGAACAAAUAUUUUUAAACCCAAAAUAAAACGUUUGUUAACCCUUCCACCCUUGAAUUUGAUGCUGCUACAUGCAGAACGGAUUACAUUUGUAGCUCUUGAGGUCAAAGGAUUAAAUUCUCACUUUAAGGAGGUGGCACAUUUGCUGGGUGUGAGAUAAUUAAAAUAGUUGGAAAUUGGCGUGUUUUUAAGAAAAACAAAACAAACACACAACUAGGAAGAUGCACAUUUCAAACUUAUUUAUUUAAAAUUCUGCAGUUCAGUGAUGGAAAGUCCACAAACAGAUUUCUCUAUAAGUCCAGGUUCUGAGCAAAAAGAGAGUGAGGUCCAAGAAGAUGGCAGUCCACCAGUAAAAAAAGUAAUGACAGAGAAGCAUGUAAAUAGCAAAGUACAAGCUGUAGUAAAUAAGUUGCCAAAAAUAAAGAAGGAAAACGCGGAUGAAUAUGAAGAAACUCCCAUGGAGUCUGAUGGAGAAAAUGCCAAACCAAACAGUACUACAUUAUCUGAGUCUUUGAAUUUAAAUCCUGGUUUGAAACACACAUUGGCACAGUUCCAUUUAAGCAGCCAGAGUUCACUGGGUGGACCAGCAGCUUUUUCAGCUCGUUAUUCCCAGGAAAGCAUGUCACCCACUGUCUUUGUGCCUCUUCCAUCACCACAGAUACUUCCUAGUCCACUGCUCAUUCCUUCAGACAGUUCCACUGAGCUCACUCAGAGUAUACUAGAGGGAGAAUCUAUUUCUUGUUUUAAAGUUGGAGGGGAAAAGAGACUCUGUUUGCCUCAAGUGUUGAAUUCAGUGCUCCGAGACUUUUCACUACAGCAAAUUAAUACAGUGUGCGAUGAACUGUAUAUAUACUGCUCGAGGUGCACUUCUGACCAGCUUCAUAUCCUAAAGGUUUUGGGAAUCCUUCCAUUUAAUGCCCCAUCCUGUGGGUUGAUCACACUGACCGAUGCUCAAAGACUAUGCAAUGCUCUACUACGUCCUCGCACUUUUCCUCAAAAUGGCACUCUGCUUCCUGCAAAAAACACAUUGGUCCAAUUGAAAGAGACUGGCAGUGCCUUUGAAGUAGAGCAUGAAUGCUUGGGCAAGUGCCAGGGUUUGUUUGCACCUCAAUUUUAUCUUCAGCCGGAUGCUCCGUGUAUCCAGUGUUUGGAGUGCUAUGGAAUGUUUUCACCCCAGACAUUUGUGAUGCAUUCGCAUAGAUCUCCUGACAAGAGGACCUGCCACUGGGGCUUUGAAUCAGCCAAAUGGCAUUGUUAUCUUCAUGUUAACCAAAAAUAUUUAGGCACUUCAGAGGAGAGAAAACUGAAGCAUCUUUUGGAGGAAAUGAAGGAGAAGUUUAGCAUGAAAAAUCAGAAAAGAAUUCAAUCCAAAGCAGAUCCUCAGCAAAGCCUAGAAUUGCAGCAAUGGUAUCCAGUUAUAAAGCAUGAAGCAGACCCUGUUACUCAAUCACAUUCAUUUGUCCAUCCCAGCUAUUACCUUUACAUGUGUGAUAAAGUGGUUGCUCCAAAUGUAUCCCUUACAUUGCAAUGUAAAGAAGCUACAAAAACAGCAGUCAAGAUUUCAGAAGUAAUUAAAUCUUUACCUGGACAGUCACAGAAACAAGUCAAUAGUGUUAAACACAAAAAAGCUGCCUCCUAUCCAGAACUCUCUCUUGAAGAGCAGGAAAAAAUCGACUUAAAAACUAGCACAGAACUGCAUAAAAGUGUGGAUCCACCUAUGUCAACUAAUUCUACAAGAAGAGGGAAAUCUGAACAUGCCACUUCCAAAGCCACUGCAGAAUCUAACCAGGUUGAAGAAGGCAAUUGUGCACAAACCUCAUCCCCAACUCCUAUCAAGGACAUCAAUUGUGAAGAUGACAAGGGAAGAAUCAUGGAGGAAGUAAUGAAAACCUACCUUAAACAGCAAGAAAAACUGAAUACUAUUUUGCAAAAGAAGCAGCAGCUUCAAAUGGAAGUGGAAAUGUUAAGUAACUCUAAAGUUAUGAAGGAACUAACUGAGGAGCAGCAGAAUUUACAGAAAGAACUUGAAUCUUUGCAAACUGAGCAUGCUCAAAGAAUGGAAGAAUUUUAUGUUGAGCAGAGAGACUUGGAGAAAAAACUGGAACAGGUGAUGAGGCAAAAGUGUACCUGUGACUCCAAUUUAGAAAAGGACAAAGAAGCUGAAUAUGCAGCACAGUUGGCAGAACUAAGACAGAGACUGGAUCAUGCAGAGACAGAUAGACAAGAGCUCCAAGAUGAACUGAGACAAGAACGAGAAGCAAGAGAAAAGUUAGAGAUGAUGAUUAAGGAACUGAAGCUUCAGAUUUUGAAAUCUUCAAAGAAUGGAAAAGGAAAAUAG